AUGGGGCAAUUGUCGAUCGAAAAUGUGCUUGGCCAGCUAUCUUCGGACAAGCAGAAGGAGCGCACCGACGGUCUAACAGACCUCAAAUAUAUAUUACAGCAAAACAAAGGAAGCUCAAGACUCUCGGACCUUAACGACAAGGCCUGUCACAAGAUUUUUGAGUCUUUAUUUCGGUUUAUUGCAUCGGAAAGACCGGCUUUCAAUCGAGCGCAACGAUCAAGUUCCAGUUCCAGAAGCCCCGCUGUCUCCCGCCUAUCCACAUGUGCCUCUGUCAUUCGAACGGCUGUGGACGUCUUCCUGCGCAACCUGAGAACCAAGACGGUCCGCGCGAUUAUUGACCACAUCACGGACACCAUACCCGUGCCCGGAGAAGGCCUAUGGGACGUUCUUAGCGUGGAUUAUACCAAAUGCCUGACUUCAUUACUUCACUACGCGCCUCACAGUGAACAUCUGGGCGAUGCGGAAUGGGAAAAGCUUAUCGAAUUUUGCCUAGCAGUCAUCAACACCCAGGAGGGUGAUGGAAGUCAACUCGGUAUCAGAAGUGGCAAUAGAUCUGCUCCAGAAGACCUGCUAGAUGCCAACGACAGUCGUUCAACACCGGUCAGACUGACGACACCUGGGCCUGCAAACAGGGCCAGGUCUGCGAGCAAUAUCAAUGCCAUAGGCGAAGUGGUAGAAUGUAUCCAGCUUCUGACAGUAAGCCCCAGUGCUCCUGUUCAGGCUGCUGCUGAGACUAUCCUGCAAGCCCUGGUUGAAUUUGUCAUAACGUGCCCCGCAAUUGCAGGGAACACGCAACAAUUGGCAUUCAGCAGCAUAAAUGCAGUGGCCCUCAAAGUGUUAUUUGACCAAUCCGAUCUCGUUAGAUCAUCUACGCUAGGGCUUAUUCCUGUGGUUCGACGCCUUUGGCCCACAAAACUCAUGAAACUAAAGGACGAAUUGUUGAUUACGUUGAUGGUUUGGAUGGUGGUUUUGUUUGAUGGGGUUCAUGAAGAUCCAUCCGAGACAGUCAAACGAUCAAUUGAGGACUUGAUUGAUACGUUGCAUUCCGAGUAUGUGAAGCGACCGGAGAAAGAUCUGCUCCAGAUUGACGAUAUUACCUUGGACAGUAUACCAAUGGAAAACAACCGGCCUGUUUACGGGCCGCGUCUCGGGAGUUCCCGAUCGGAACACAACUGGACGGUUAUUUGGUCCAUCGCAAAUCUUUCAAAGCUGUCAGGAAACCCCCAAGUUCACUCACCCGAUAACGAUGUUGCAGACGACAAGUCAAGCAAAAGGCGACGUUUCAAUUCUAGUAUCGAUGACAUUUUUCGGGAUGCAGUAUCGGCAACAGGCACACAACGGGUUUGCGCACUGCAACUAGUUCCGUUCCUUGUAAACGAGCGGAGUAUCGAGCAAAAAGAGGAUCUAAUCCAACGGCUUGUUCCGAAUAUUCUUGACGACAAUAGUGCUAUAUCUUCGUGGACUAUGGUGGCACUAGCCAGUCUUGUCAAUGGCCCUGACGCUCAGCUACCAGUAUUGAAAAGCCCGUGGGUGCGCGUUAUGGAUCUUUCAUCUCGUGUGAUAUCGUCAUUUCCCACUUCGAGGGCGGCUUGCAAUCUAAUGGGCCUGAUUCUCGAGGCAGACUUGCUGGAAAAUUCCGUCGUGACGGAUUAUAUACGUUCAAUGUUGAUGUCUGCGAACCUUAAUGGGCCCUCUUCAAUUUCGGACGCCUCUUUAAGCCUAUGGGUCUCGAUAGCGCGGCGAAAAACACAAUUGAAUUUGGCCUCUGUGCAAAGCAACGUUACCGAUCGGAUUCAAACUGCCCAAGUUUCGAUGUUUGCACGCCCACUUAACUUGCUCCACCUUUUCAUGGCAUGUACUGGCAGACCAUGUAAUAUACCCCAGGACCAAGCGCCAGGACCAACAGGGCCUAUAGCUGGGACAUGGCUUUUGUUUCACGAAAAUAGGGAGCUUCUAGGAUAUCUCUUCAGCGUCGACAUGGCUUUUCAAAAUGCCAACCCCUGGGGUAGACAAGGUUCAUGGGAUCUGUGCCCACCGACCCGACAAGAUGCCGAUGACUUGGUAAUACUAGAGCUACUGAAAUCAAAAGGGGAAUUCUUCGUCCAGGCCUGGCAGACAAUUGCUGAGGAUAAAUCCGUUCAUCUCACUACAGACAUCCUGCAAAUCUUGACAUCGUUUUGCACCGCAACAUCCCUUUUCCUGGCUUGCCUGCCAGAAAAGCUUGGAUCUCAGAGCGAAGAGAUUCUUCAAAAUUGCCAAUUUCUCUGGAAAUGCAUAUGUGAUUCCUUUGCAGUUUCUGGUCCAAUGUCUACUCUUCCAUGUCUUGAAAUCUUGUCGCCGAUCCUUCCAUCAUCCCUACCCGCUGUUGACGAUAUUCGCUGGAAGGCUCUACAUCCACUGAUGGUCCCACUUUCAGACCUACUUGAGAACUUUCGCGAGAAAAACAAGGUAGAGCAGUCUUUGCCCAGUGAUCUUAUGGAUUUGGACGAUCACAUAACGGGCCGAGAAGAUGGAGCAUCUGCAGAUCAAACAAUUAUUUCUCAGAACCGACAGUAUGGCAGAUUGCUUACGGACGCGUCUACAUUCCAAAACCUCCUGACUAUCCAAGUGUCUGUUCUCAAUCGAUUUCAUGACAAGACUAGUGAAUCGGGGUCGUCGACUUUGGUCGAGUAUCUGGUUGGAUUGGAUGAGGCAGACCUGCUCUCCGCAUCCCGGUUUUUAUCUAAUAUCUAUCAUGGUAUGUCCACGGUAGAAAGAGAAGACCUUCUGCAAGUCCUCGAGCACGUUGGAGAGAAAUGCCUCCAGUCGUAUGAAAUGGAACGCUGUGAGGCCUCUCACGGCAUCUGUAUUAACAUGAUGUUUGGUUUUGUAUCAUCUUGGGCAAGCAAUCAGAAAGACACGCUCAAUGAAUCGGCUAUGGAUCUGUACGAUUGGUUCCUGCAGGUUCUACUGACCAAAAAACGAGCCUCGCCAAGAGUUUAUAUCCUGCUGCUCGAACUUUUACACGCCGUGCUCAAUGCUUGCCCCUCAUACGGCUCUGAUCAACUUCUUCCGUCACCGCGCACAAGCCUUUUUCAAAUAUUGCAGGAAGGAGAUAUUGUUGUCAAGUUCACCGCCGCAAGACUAAUUCCAACGUUCUUCGAGCGAUUUCCUUUCAAGGAUCACGAUGCCAUGUUCGAUGACGUACUAGAAAAUUUGCCCAGAGAUCCUGACUGGAUUGAAGGAAUUGCCCUUCGUCUUUUUGUUUUGUCUCGACUGGCCUCAAAAUGGCAUACUUUGCUGCGCCGAAGUAUAUAUCACAUGUUUGAAACCCCAGCUCAGGUCCCUCUUUCUCUGGAUUAUGCCCGAAAAUGUGUGAAGUCCGUUUCGAACGCGCUGGGUCUAGACAACCCUCAAGAACUCUUUCGUCUCUUUGCCUCUCAAAUCCUCUAUACCUGGACAGAAACGCAAAGUGUCAUGUCUAUGCCGUUUAGCAUGUUCGCAUAUGCAAGUCUCCAAGAAAUGUUGGCUGAUGUCAAGGAGGAGAUCACUGGACAAAUGAUGAUGCGAGCCAAGGAGUCUGAAACUCAUGAGCUCGCAGCUUACCUGAAUAUAGCCCACGAAGACCUCAUCAGGAGUUCAUUCUCAAAAGCAGAAGCCUACAGCAUUGCCCGGGACAUUAGCAUACCCCCAGAGCAGGGAAGUCAACCCAAAGGAGUGGAGGUUCUACUGAGAAAAUUACUAGGUGCUGAUGGGUUUAUGAAAGAAGUCGAAUCUCACUUUCCAAAUAUCAUCGUCACUUUCUUCAAGUCUCUUGACCGCUAUGAUCAGAUCGAGCGAGCUUUUUCAAAACGGCCAAGCUUUCACUAUGCACUCGAAAUUCAGACGUCCAUCCUCCAAAAGUGUGCAACAGAAAGCACUUUGCCUCCCGGCCAACAACCCUCCUUUCGGGCCCGUUAUCUUCUUGAUGAACUAGACUUUCUUUGCAAACGCACAGGGUUUGAGGUCGAGUCAAUCUGGACGCCUACACUUGUUACCUUUGUGUGUCGAUCUCUUCUGGAAUCAAUACACCCUGCUCUCGGAUCUCUUCACAUGUGCUCUGUGAUUCGAAAGAUCAGAAUCCUAGUUUCUUUAUCAGGACCAAUAGCUCUUCAAGACUAUCCUUUCGAGAUGCUACUUCACUCCAUUCGCCCACGUUUGGCGGAGAUCCACUGUUCCGAAGAUGCGCUGGGAAUCUUUUGGUAUCUCCUUGAAGCUGGAAAGCCAUAUUUGGCUGCAAAUCCCGGAUUUACGGCUGGAAUAAUCCUUACCACGUUCGUGACUCUGCGCAAAUUAUUCUCCCUCAAGGUGGGAGAUAAUACCGAGGAAGACCAAUUCAAGGCAGCUUUGAAGAGCGCCGAAAGAUUCCACGAAUGGCUUUGCGGGGUGGUGAGAGAAUACAGCUCGCCAGAAUGGGAGCCUCAUGCCCAGGAAACCUUCCCAAGACUUUUAGCUUUGGCCGAAGAAAUAUCAGCACCAAAUGGCUCACCAAGCAUGGAGAAUGAAAAGAAGUUGGUGCUUGAAGUCCUCACAGAUCGUGAUUCAAUACAGUCUCUCAUGGGAGAAGCGAUUGCGGAUGUUGUUCUCUCCCUUCUCUGCCCUGAAUUCAAUUGGUCGUUUAAUGUCGGUGUUGAACGUACCGAAGACCUAUUGGACUCCACCUCUCAAGUUAUUCCAUUGUGGCAUACUCUAAACAAGUUUGAUGGUGGAUCGGAGUACCGGCUCUGGGCCGCCUCAGUCAUUGGGCGCUCAUUUGCGAGAACGGGAAAAGUUGAUGAGAACCUCCUACGGGAGCAGGGUCUCACUUUGUUCAAAAUUGUCGAGCUGAGUGACCAGUCAAAUAUAUUCUGUUACUCCAAAGCUCGAGUAAUCCAAGCCCUGUGUGAGAAGUUACAGAUCCAAGACAACAGAGACGCUGGAUUGAUCGAACACACAUUACAACUGAUCUUGAGCAAGAUCGCCCAAUCCCCAGACCUCCAAGGCUGCGCUGAGGUCAUUCCAGAAUCACUGAUGAAAGCCCUCAUUUGGAGUCCCUACACAUGUCCAACAAUACCGCUUUCGCCGUCGGAGCUAGAGCGAUGCAACAAAACAGAUAUAUCGGCGGAUGGGCUCGCUGUCGCCGAAUGGGCCCGUAAAAUUUCGCUCUUUCUUUCCAAUGCUGCAUUAGAAGACCCUGUAAUUGGGCCAUUGCGCAAAAUUCUCAACGUUAUUCCUGACCUCGCUGUUCAGAUCUUACCAUACAUCAUUCAUGAUGUGUUGCUGGCAGAAGGGGAUGACAAGGGCCCGGUAAGACAAGUCAUUUCAGAAUCGUUCAAGCAAAUCUUGAGCGAUGUGCGCGAGGAUAGCGUUUUGCACGCACGACUCGUCAUCACAUGUGUCUUGUAUCUUCGGAAUCAGCCGGUGCCAGACGAAGUCACGAUCGUCCAGCGUGACAGAUGGCUUGACAUAGAUUUCGGCGAGGCAUCCUCUGCGGCACACUACUGUGGCCUCCAGAAAACAUCUCUUCUAUUCCUUGAGAUUGAGGCAUCCAGAGCCAUUGGGGCUUCUCGUCGGGCUUCUGUUGCCAAAUUUGAACCACCAGUUGGUUUGUUGCACAAUGUCUUCAAAAAUAUUGACGAUCCUGAUCUUUUUUACGGAAUCCAGCAGAGCUCGUCGCUAAGUACAGUUAUGGAGCGACUGGAGUAUGAGAGUUCGGGCUUCAAGAAUCUGCUUUUCCAGAGUGCUCAGUAUGACAGCGAAAUCCAGAUGUUGGGCCACGGCAAUGCUUACGGCGUUCUGAAAGCUCUUAACUCCACCAAUCUUCAGGGUAUUGCGAAUACUAUGGUGAAUGCCUCAGGAACCGCGAAGGAAUUGUCGUUCUCUUUUGAUAGUACCUUAAAAGCCGCAACGAACCUUCAGCAAUGGGACAUCCCUAUCUCACCCUUGGAAUCAUCCCCACAAAGCAUGACCUUCCGCGCAUUUCAGAGCUUGAACGCAUCCUCGUCCUUGUCAGAAAUUAAUACUUCUAUCGACAGCUCUCUUCUGACGACCCUUGAUGCUGCUAUCGAGAGCGGCCAAUCAACCAUGCAACUACGAGCUGCAAUGCGCAGCCUGGGAGUUCUGACAGAGAUGAGUGAUCUCCUCCGGUCAUCAUCUUCCGGUGAAAUGCAGAAUGAAUGGAAUGAGAUCAUCGGUCGGAGCAGUUGGCUAAAAACUGAAAGUUACCAUGAAGUUGGAGAGAUAUUGAGCUGGCACGAGGGCCUUUGCUCCUCAAUAAGAAAGAACGAUGCCUUGCAAUCGAAGCUGAAUUUGAACCCGGGAGACUCGCGUCUUCUUGAAGCCAAAGUCUUUCGCCAGUCGCUAGAAAUCACAAGAAGUCACGGAAUCUCACAGGCGUCGCUGAAAUCCGCAAUCAGUCUUUCCAAGCUCUCUGAGCCCUGUGCUGAACUGGGAAUUGACAUUGAUGGUGCAGCGCAAUUUGAUCUUGCAAAUGUUUUGUGGGACCAGGGCGAAAUGACAGCUUCGAUUAGAAUGCUUCAACAACUCAAGGGCUACAGCGAUCUACACAAGCAAGCAAUCCCUCUUAGUCGUGCUGAGUUGCUCGUGACUUUGGGUCACCACGUCGCUGAGGCUCGAUUAGAGAAACCAGAAGCGAUUCUUCAAGAUUACUUGUACCCGGCAGUGAAGGAACUAAAAGGAGCAUCAGACGGGGAGGCAGCAGGGCGAGUCUAUCACGGAUUUGCUGCAUUCUGCGACCAGCAGCUUCUGAACCAGGAUGGCCUGGAAGACUUCAGGCGAGUGCAGCAGCUUCGUGAUCGCAAAGAGAAGGAGCUUCAGAGUCUUGAAGAGAUGAUGAAAACUUCCACAGGCCGUGAAAGGGAGUCCAUGAAAAUCUUCCGAGCCAAAACGAAGCAAUGGUUCGAUCUCGAUGAUCGUGAAUUUCAGCGUCUAUCACGAAGUCGAGAAGCAUUCCUACAGCAGUGUCUCGAAAACUAUCUCCUUGCCUUGAGGGAGAGCGACGCAUAUAACAACGACGCACUGCGAUUUUGUGCGCUCUGGUUCGAUAAGUCAGACAGCAAGAUCGCGAACACCGCAGUCUCCCGCUAUCUGAAUGAUGUCCCAAGCCGGAAGUUCGCACCACUCAUGAAUCAAUUGUCUUCUCGAUUGCUCGACGUGUCCGAUGACUUCCAGAAAUUAUUGACUGGAUUGGUAUUUCAAGUUUGUGCUCAACAUCCAUUCCACGGCAUGUAUCAAAUAUUUGCUAGUAGCAAAUCUAAGGGAGGCAAAGACCAAUCCUCACACUCCCGUUUCCUCGCCGCCAACAAACUUGUGGAUCGCUUGAAGAAUGACAAGACCAUCGGCCCAACCUGGAUUGCUGUUCAUAAUAUGAACAUCACAUACGUACGGUUUGCCGUUGAUCGAAUGGACAACAAAUACAAAAGCGGAGCCAAGAUUGCCUUGAAAAAGCUGCCCACAGGCGAGCGUCUUGGGCAAGACGUGACGACGUACAGGCUUCCUCCGCCCACCAUGAAAAUUGAACUUCGAGAGGACUGUGACUACAGCAAUGUCCCUACAACGGCCAAGUUCCAGUCGGAGUUCACACUUGCGUCAGGUGUCAGUGCACCCAAGAUUGUGACUGCAAUCGCGAGUGACGGUGUUCGCUACAAGCAGCUGUACAAAGGAGGAAACGACGAUCUUCGCCAGGACACGAUCAUGGAGCAAGUCUUUGAGCAAGUCAGCAGCCUGCUCAAAGACCAUCAGCCUACUCGGCAACGAAACCUCGGGAUCAGAACCUACAAGGUUCUUCCUCUCACUCUCAAUGCAGGAAUCAUUGAAUUUGUUCCUAACACCAUUCCUUUGAAUGACUUUCUAAUGCCUGCGCACCAGCGGUAUUUCCCGAAGGAUAUGAAGCCCAACUCCUGCCGGAAGCAUAUCGCCGAUGUGCAGACCAAGUCAUUCGAGCAACGCGUCAGAACAUACCGUCAAGUUACGGAACACUUCCACCCAGUCAUGAAGUAUUUCUUUAUGGAGAGGUUCAACAACCCAGACGAUUGGUUCAGCAAGCGAAUUUCGUACACGAGGAGCACAGCCGCGAUCUCGAUCCUCGGACAUGUUCUUGGACUUGGCGACCGACAUGGCCACAAUAUUUUGCUCGACGAGAAGACUGGAGAGGUGAUUCACAUCGAUCUGGGCGUGGCCUUUGAACAAGGCCGUAUCUUGCCUACCGAAGGAAUCUUCAGGAGGUGUUGUGAAUUCACACUGGAGGCCCUCCGACAAGAGUCCUACAGUAUCAUGACAAUUUUGGACGUUCUUCGUUAUGAUCCACUUUACAGCUGGACUGUGUCACCUCUGCGGAUGAAGAAAAUGCAGGAUAAUCAAGAGGGAGGCGAUGAGCCACCAGUACUUACCGGAACCACUGACAAAGGCUCGAGCCCGAAAAAUGAGCCUAGCGAAGCCGAUAGAGCUUUAACAGUGGUCGCUAAAAAAUUGAGCAAGACGCUGAGCGUUACUGCUACUGUCAAUGAGCUUAUCCAACAGUCGACCGAUGAGAAAAAUCUUGCCGUUCUAUACUGUGGUUGGGCUGCUUAUGCUUAG